CAGCUGCAGGGGGCCGACCAGCGGUGAUCUUUAAAUUCUCCCACAUUUCAAGCCCGACUCUUCCCAGUAAGGCUGCAGCGUGUGCCCUCCCGAGGAACCCCGAGCUUCCGCUUUAAGGUGAAAAAAUGCAGUUGUUAGAUUGCAACCCAAAGGUGGAUAGUUUGAAACAUCUGCUGGAGACUGGGACUUCGGUCAACGCACCCCCAGAUCCCCACCAGCAGUCGCCAGUUCACUUAGCUGCAAGAGGCGGUCUUGCCUGCUUUAUCCUCUGGCAGCUGCAAAUGGGCGCUGACCUCAAUCAACAGGAUGCUUUUGGAGAAGCCCCGCUACACAAGGCUGCAAAAGCUGGAAGCCUGGAAUGCCUUAGCCUGCUUGUAGCUAGUGAUGCACAAAUUAAUUUAUGUAAUAAAAAUGGACAAACUGCUGAAGAUCUUGCUUGGUUAUUUGGAUUUCCUGAAUGUGCCAAGUUUCUUACAACAAUUAAAUGCAUGCAAACAAUAAAAUCAAGUGAACAAGAUCAUUGUGUUCCAGUUCUCAGGCAGAAACGCAGUUUAGAAAGUAUAGAAAAUAUGAAUGGGAAAAGGAAGUGUUGGUAA